AUGUCUCCCUCCCCCCUGACUCUCCCCCUGGAGAUUAUGAUCAUGAUCGGCAAAGCCGUCGACUCCCAGCGCGAUCUGAACGCCCUCGCCCAAACCAGCAAGGCCCUCUAUCCAACCCUAUCCUUGCUGCUCUACCGCCAGGACAUCGCCGGCCCCUGCAACUCACUCUUCUGGGCCGCCAAAACCAACAACACCGCCAUGAUCUCGCGCAUCAUCGACGAUAAUGUCCAUGUCGACAAAACUGACAAAGACAACAUGAUGCCCCUCUGCUACGCCGCACGCUUCAACCACAUCGAAGCCGCGACCCUACUCGUCGAGAAAGGCUGCCGCCUCGAAAAGCCGCUCCUUGAGGCCGUCAGAGCGGGCCACGAGGACAUGGUGCGCUUGAUCCUCGACUUCGCGGAGGAGGACGAGAUAGACGUGAUCGUCCUCAACAACGCCCUCGAAGAAGCCGCCUCGGGACCCCACGACAACGGCGACAUUGUCCAGAUGCUUAUUGACCAAGGUGCGGAGACGGACCUGGGCCUUGGAAUGGGACACGAUACGCCCCUCAUCGCCGCAGCCGGUCACAACUCGCUUAAUGUCGCCCAGGUCCUUUUAGACAACAAGGCCGACAUCGAGGCCUUGGGCUAUUCAUUCCAGACUGCGCUGCAGGCCGCUGUUGUCGAAGGGCAUCUGAAGAUGGUCGAGUUGCUGCUGGCGAAUGGGGCUGAGGUGAAUAUGCGUGCGGGCGACUGGGGUGCGGCGCUCACAGCUGCGCAGUUUGGGGCUGAUGAGCCGAAUGAAGAGGUUAUCGACCGUCUCAUCGACGCUGGUGCGCAUCCUAACCAGGCGACUGAGGAGUUUUUGGAGUCUUGGAACCACUGUAAGCGCUGGCUUACACUCGGGGAGCGGUGGUGA